AUGGCUGGCUCCACCUCCUUUGAAGGCGCGCUCUCGUUGGGCUCCCCGGCCUCAGGCUUCGCCCGGGAGACGCGGCAGGCCGCUUCGCCGCCGGUGCUGCUGGGGAGGCAGCUCCAAGCCAUUGCCAGUGCGGACAAGGUGCUCACAGAGCGACUGCACGAGGAGGUCUUUAGCCUUGAGAGCAAAGUCUCCCAAGCCAAGAAGGAAAUGGCCACCGCCACCCUCCAGGCUGAGUCCGCACGGGAGUCCCAGGCUCGCCUCUCGGAGUUGCAGCGGCAGCUGGAAAGGCAAAUCCGGGAACAUCGCGAGCACCUGUCCAAAGUUGCACAGGAGCGACGUCGGCUCCUGGACAUCACUUGCCACGGGUCGACCGGCGAGGCGACCGCCCAGCGCCAGUGGCUCGAAGAGGCCUUGAAUGAUGAGAGAAGAUGCUUGCAGGAGACCCGGGAGGCGAACGGCUUCUUGGACUCGUCGCUCCACGCCUUGCGCGCCGAGAUGGCGGACCUGCAACAGGAGCGUGCGCAGAUCAUGGCCGAGGCACAGCAGCUCUUGCCCCAUGAGGCACCAUUUCCCAGUGUCGACGGCUCAACCAAGAGUGGUUGGCCGCUGGGAGUGAUGGGAGCCGGAUCAACUUAUGAGUUCUUGGUGUCCUUCAAGACUCAAGACCCCUCAGGCCACGACGGCAAGCUUUUGAAGCGGAGAGCACACGUGGAACCUACCGGGACGGGAGAGCACUGUUUCUAA